GGAGAGUUUGUAAGCUCUGCUGCAUUACUUCAUGAAUUAUUCAUGAGCACAGCCUUCGCCGUAGUAGGAGUCUGGGCGGGGUUUCCUCCAGCGCACACCUGGACAGGAGGUGUGUUUCACUUUCCAAAGGGAAAAUCUUCGGGAACGCAUUCAGGCAGGAACAUGGCCACUGCUGCUGAGUACGGACACAACUCCUGGGAGCUCAGCAUCCAGGUGGACCAGCGUGAGGGAGAUGAGGGCAUGAAGUUUAAAUUGCGGGUUAAGGGGGAUCUUCACGUCGGGGGUCUCAUGCUCAAAUUGGUGGAGAAGAUCAAGGCUCCUCAGGACUGGUCCGAUCAUGCCAUCUGGUGGGAGAAGAGGAGCUGCUGGCUGCUGAAGACACACUGGACUCUGGAUAAGUAUGGAGUCCAGGCGGACGCUGACCUGCGCUACACUCCACAACACAAACCUCUCUGCAUCCAGCUGCCCAACAUGAAGACCAUCCGGCUCCCUGUUAGCUUCUCUUGUGUGGUCUUCAAAGCUGUGGCUGAGAUCUGCAAAGCACUCAAUAUCAGACGAUCAGAAGAACUUUCUCUUCUGAAACUAUCAGAUGAUCAGAAAAAGAAAAAGAAAAAAGACAAGGGCCAAGAAUCAGUCUUUGAUGAGAUAAUAAACAUGGACAUGACAGGAGGAGCCCUGAGUCUGUACAGUAAAACCAUGACUCCGACUUAUGACCCGGACAGCGGCUCGCCUGCCUCUUCCACCAGUCUGUGGUUCGGUGAGAAUCCUGUGACGGACUGCCAACCCAACCUUCCACCGGAGGAACUGGCCAAACUCUUCAAGCCUCUUACCAUGGAAGAUAAAGCAGCAAUUAAUGCUGGGUGGCUGGAUUCCUCUCGCUCGCUGAUGGAGCAAGGAAUUCAGGAAAACGACAGACUCCUGCUGCGAUUCAAGUACCACUGCUUCUUUGACCUCAACCCAAAGUAUGAUGCUGUGAGGAUCACACAGCUGUAUGAACAAGCCAGAUGGACGAUACUGCUGGAGGAGAUCGACUGCACUGAAGAAGAGAUGCUCAUGUUUGCAUCCCUGCAGUAUCACAUCUGUAAAUUGACUUUAUCAACGGAGCCACUGAACAAUUCCAAUGAACCAGAGAUUGAUGAAGUCGAGGCUGCGCUCUCAAACUUAGAAUCUACGCUGGAGGGACGGAAUGCUGAUAAGAUCCUGGAAGAUAUCACUGACAUUCCAAAGCUGGAAGAUACACUGAAAUUGUUUAGGCCCAAGCGAUUGACAUUAAAGCCGUAUAAGGAGUACUGGUUUGUUUUUAGGGACACCACCAUUUCUUACUACAAAAACAAAGAUUCGGCAAAUAAAGAACCCAUUGAGCAACUCCAUCUACGAGGAUGUGAGGUCAUUCCUGAUGUCAACGUCACUGAGAAGAAGUUUGGCCUCAAGCUGUUAUUGCCAGUGGCUGAUGGAAUGAACGAGGUUUAUAUUCGCUGCAACAAUGAAACGCAGUAUGCCAAGUGGAAGGCUGCCUGUAUUUUGGCUUCCAAAGGAAAGACGAUGGCCUACAGCUCCUACCGCACCGAGGUGAAGAACAUCCAGUCUUUCCUGCAGAUGAAGAGUCUAGCGCCACCUCCUGGCCAGGCAUCAACUGACGUAGAGUCCAUGGAGAUGAAUGCCGAGUGCUUUGUUUCUCCACGAUAUGCAAAGAAGUACAAGACCAAACAGCUGACCACACGAAUCUUGGAGGCCCUUCACAAUAUUUCCCAUCUUUCCCUCAUGGAGGCCAAAAUGCGUUUUAUCCAAGCAUGGCAGUCUCUGCCUGAGUUUGGCAUCAAGUACUACAUUGUCAGAUUCAGAGGAAGCAAGAAAGAUGAGCUCCUGGGAAUUUCCUACAACAGGCUGAUCCGCAUCGACAUGUCAACGGGUUUGCCGGUCACCACCUGGAGGUUCUCCAACAUUAAACAAUGGAAUGUCAACUGGGAGAUUAAACAGGUGGCCAUCGAAUUUGACCAGAGCGUGUCGAUUGCGUUCUCCUGCCAGAGCUGUGACUGCAAAGUGGUCCAUGAAUAUAUCGGAGGCUACAUUUUCCUCUCGACACGUUCAAAAGACCAAAAUGAGACUUUAGAUGAAGAACUCUUCCAUAAGCUCACAGGAGGACAAGACUGACCUCAAAUCAACAUCAACCUUUAGAAGAGCAAGAAAGAAUUCAUAGUGUUUCUUAAAUUUGCCAAAGUCAUUUUAUAUUCGUAUUAAGACACACAAGCCGUGUGCACAAGAGAGUAAACAAAUCAAACAGUUCAAUCCAUAUUUUGGAUCUGGACUCUUGACGUCUUUAUGAAUUGUUUGCAUUAUAAAAUUGGACAAUUUACAGCACACAUUUCCAUACAUUAAUUUGUGUAAUAAAUAUGGGAUACGAUGGGGUUUGGAUUUAAAUGAGUUGCUAGUUUCCCAUUUCAAGAUUCCUCGAAGUUGCUUUUUACAGUUCAGAUUUUUGAAUGUAAAUAUUUUUACAUUAAAUGCUUCACCAAAAUGUCUAGGUGCUUUUGGCUUGUUUUCUGGAAACAAUGUAUUUGCAGUUCAAUUGUUCAUUUUUAAAGACUACAUUUUACUUUGUUUAAUGGAAUUUUGCUUUCAUUAUGUUGACUGGAAAAUCAUAAAAAAUAGUCUAAAUAAAUCCAACCACUUUCAUUAUGA